UUCUGUUUUAACAAUUAGGUUUAUCCCAGAAGAUGUUAACUAAAAAGUUUGAGUUUCCCAUACGUUCCAAUGAAACUUCCAAAGCAAUGAAGAAAAAGAAAGAGGUUUCAGUGUGGAAAAAAGUACACAAAGUCAUUUCUAGAAUGCUCGAAGAAAACGAACAAUAUAGACUCAGGCUGAAAUGCCAAGGAUUAUCAAGCGAAAACUCAGAUCACAAAGAUGAAUCUUCUCAUCAUCUUCUGGCCCGGGAAGGAGGCGCCAGGAUGGUGAAGCUGAACGGCACCCCCGGCGAGAAGGCCGCCAAGCCCGCCUCGGUGGAGGACGGCUUCCAGACCGUCCCCCUCAUCACCCCGCUGGAGGUGAACCACCUGCAGCUGCCGGCUCCCGAAAAGGUGAUCGUGAAGACCAGGACGGAGUACCAGCCGGAGCAGAAGAACAAAGGGAAGUUCCGGGUGCCGAAGAUCGCCGAGUUUACGGUCACCAUCCUGGUCAGCCUGGCGCUCGCCUUCCUCGCCUGCAUCGUGUUCCUGGUGGUGUACAAAGCCUUCACCUACGACCACAGCUGCCCGGACGGCUUUGUCUACAAGCACAAGCGCUGUAUCCCGACCUCCCUGGACGCCUACUACUCGGCGCAGGAGCCCGCCUCCCGGAGCCGCUUCUACACGGUCAUCAGCCACUACAGCGUGGCCAAGCAGAGCACCGCCCGCGCCAUCGGGCCCUGGCUCUCGGCCGCCGCCGCCAUCCACGAGCCCAAGCCGCCCAAGACCCAGGGCCACUAGGGCCCCCGAGGCCGGGGGGGCGGGGCGGGGGGCCCGCUGGCUAAGCCAGGCUCAGCCACCAGACGAGGCUGUCCCCCGGGGGGGGGGGGCGGGGGCGGGGCUCCCUCACUCCCACGCGUGGCGUUGUCCCACCGCUUUCUUUUCGUCCCGGUGUCGUCGCUUCUCCCCGUCAGGCUCGUGUACAAAGGCAUGUUGCGUGUUGACCGUCCCCAUGUAAGACAUGUUCAAGGCCGCUGCUUAGUGUGUGUUAGGAACCAUGGCAAAC